AUGGAUAUCGGCUUACAAGUUGCUGACGACUGUCUCUAAUAAUUCCAAGCCAUGAAGAUGGAAAAGAAACAUCGUUAUAUUAUUUUUCACACUAAGAAUAACAAGACCAUUGAAAUUGAAAAGAUUGGAGCUAGAGAUGAAACCUACUAACAAUUUGUUGACAGUCUCCCACAAAAUGAUGCUCGUUUCUGCGUUUUUGAUUAUGAUAAGAAAUUCGAUGAUGGCAGAGUCACCUCUAAGAUUAUCUAUUUCUUCUGGUGUCCUGAUACUGCCCCAGUCAAGGUCAAGAUGGUCUCUGCUACUACCAAUUCAUUCUUCUAAAAUAAAAUCUAAGGUUUCGCUAUCAACCUCUAAUGCAAUGAUUUAGGUUCUUUCGAUACCGAAGAACUCGAAAAGAAGAUCCAUUGA